AUGCAACGUCUAGCUGAUUAUUUCCUUGUGGUCGGUUAUGAUCACGACGAAGAACGAGGUGGCCGUUCAUGUGGUAAAAUUAUUCAACGUUUUCCUGAUAAAGAUUGGCCGGAUUGUCCAUUUAAUCCACGCAUCAUACACUUCUGUCAACCACAAGGUUGGGUUCUAACACCCAAACAUGAAUUGCCCACGUUUUUCAUAUCGAUUCUAACUGAUCUUGAUGGUUUGAGACAUUAUUGCGCUUGUUUAACAUUUCAUCAAACUCUUCUACCAACAACGCCAACUACAACAAUCAAUACUUUGUUGAAUAAGAACAACAUCUGUAGUGAUGAAGCGGAUGAUACAGCUUUUCUUCUACCGAAAACACAAAUGUACGCACCAAAAUGUCUGUUGCUUACGUCAAAACUGGAUUGUUUCGAAGCAUUUCGCAACUGUUUGGGAAUCAUCUAUACCGCAUAUGUCGAGCCUUCGUCAGAUAUUCGAAUCGAAACGCUUGUUGGUAAUAUUCUCGGAAGUGUCAAUGUUCCACCACCAGGUGGACACGCUCUUCGCUUUUCAAUCGGUGCUGAUGACCGGCAAGUGAUACAACCGCCAGCUAGUCCUACCGUACCUUGUACUGGUCUAUCUGUAUAUAACCUUUUUAAAGAACUAGGAAUUGAUCAUGUUGUCACAAUAUUUUGUGCUGCAUUGUCAGAUAUUAAAAUUUUAUUCUUUUCGAAAAGUUAUUGGAAAUUAACUGAAGCUUGUAAAGCCGUGGAAUCUCUUCUCUUUCCACUAAAAUACUGUUAUACUUUCAUCCCAGUGCUUCCAUUUGAUCUAAUCGAAGUACUCGAUGCACCAACUCCUUUCAUAAUCGGUGUUCACUCAGAUCAAAAACUUCAAGCAUUAAUUAAUUUCGAUGGCUUAUGGAUCGAUUUGGAUGGUGCUAGUGUCCACUUAACAGAGAAUGUGAAACUUGCACCGAUGCCUGAAACACCUUACAAUCGUGUGCUCAGUUCAUUGUUUCAGAUUCUGAAACCUGAUAUUCAUGCAGCUGAUUUAGCCUUUCCAUUAAAUGGUCGAAUGAAUAUGAAAACUGAUAGUGGAAGUCAAUUAGUAGCUGAUUAUCCGAAAUAUAAAGAUGAAACAAACAGAGAUAAACAGAUUCGCUCGAUAUUCAUUCGUCUGUUUGCAGAAUUAUUUGCUGGUUAUCGUUCGUGUUUAUUAAUAAUUCGUAUUAAUCCUAAACCAGUGAUUUCAUUUCAUAAAGCAAGUUUUCUCGGUCAUCAUCGUUUAGUUAAUGAUGAGUUUAUGUUACGUGUACUCGAUUCGAUGUCAUUUCAUAAAUUUAUUGAAGAACGCGGUCCACCAUUUCGAUCACAUGAUAUUUUUGACGAUGUCUAUGCAGUGAUCUACGAGCAAUUAAAACGUGAGAAAGAUCCAAUUACAACACAAAAUUACUCGGCUGUUUUCGAGCACAUCAAAGAAUUAGCCAAUCAACUUCUUUUGAAUGAAAAUCCUUCGCCACAACAAACAUAUACGCAAAAAGUUCCUCAGCCAUCUCAAGCGAGUUGUAUUCGAGAUAAUUUACCCGAAUUUCCGCAUCUAAACAAAGAAUUAGUCAAUGCAGCGAUCAAAGAAGGACUUAAAAAGCAGCAAAACAGCAGGCCAUAUUCUGCACGAGUUAGUCAACCGUGUAUCGUUAAAUUGGGUACGCCCAUCCAAGCGCUCAAUGGCCGAACUGAUAUAUCUCAAUCGGCGCGACGAUUAGAAGUAUUAAAACAAUGCGUCAGUUUCAUUUUCAGUGAUAAAAUAGCCGAAGCGAGAAAGACAAGUGGUGCAGUAUUCUAUUCAAUUAAAAGUCAUGAAGAUGCACGUAUUGCUUUGUGUAAUGAAUUAGCAUCGUAUAAAAAACAGAAUAAACCAAGAUUGAACAAUCAACAAUUCGAAAUGAUUGCUAAUCUACUGAAUUGUGCUCUUGAAGCAAGUUCGUCGAUUGAUGAACAUGGUAUUGCUUAUAUGAUAUUAACUCUAGCGACCACAUUUCAUCGUAAAUUGAGUGAAGAAGCGACACAGUUCAUCUAUACAGAUAUUCAACGUCAUGCGGUAUGGGCGAAUAUGCAAUUUUGGGAAAUGUCGUUCUAUUCGGAUGUUCAGCUACAAAUACGAAAUCUAUAUUUGUCACACGAAGAUCAUAAUUCGAAUAAUAAUAAUAAUGAUAAUUCAGCUGUGACAGACACAUUGUCCAUUUCAUCAGCCGAAACGGUUACACAACAUGGAUCUACAACGUUAACGAAUACCAUAGAUUCGUCAUUUGAGAAUUCUAUUCAUCAGAAUGGCACGACAAUACACGAUAAAACAGCAUUGGAAAUAGCUGCUGAACAAAUGCGUCUUUACUCACAAAAAACGCCGGAAGAACAACGAAGUAUCGAAGAUCUUGAAGAACAAACACUCUACGCACUUGCAAUUCACUACAUUCAAUUGAUGGUUUAUAUGAAACUUCCACUGGAUAUCUCGUCAUCGUCAAAUAUUCGCCAUUCAAUCUAUAAUCCUGUUCCGCAUAGUACAGGUGGUGAUGCCGACAGUUUGACAAGCGAUUUCUACCAUAGUUCAAAUGAUCCGUUCAAUGUCAGAGAUCCAGAUGAAACAUCUACAGUUGGUUCACACGAUAGCGGUCAUGGUUUUGAUUUGAAUAAUGAUGAUCAAGUCACCGAUCUCGUUCUUAGUUUUGUUCGCAAAUUUGUCGAUAAAGUUUGUGAUGAAAGCGGUGUCAAUGCUACACAUAAAAAUAGUCUUCAUACAAAACUCUAUCAAACUGUUCAAAUUCAAAUUGAAGUUUUGGAAAAAGUCUAUCGCGAAACUCGACGAGUGGCACCAAUGCCAAAACCAUUAUUGCCGCGUUUCGUCACAAUUCCAGAACUGUUUGAACAUGAAGAAUCCAUUGCAUUGCGCUCAUAUCUUUUACCUGAUGGUCGCGAUGAAUUUUUCAUUGGACAACAUUCAUUAUUACCAGCAGAAGGCGCUUUAAUCAUGACGAAUUAUCGAUUAAUAUUCAAAGGUCGUCCAGUCAAUCCGGCAAUCGCUAAUGAUUAUCUGAUUGUUCGAUCGUUUCCGAUUUCAUCAUUAAUUCGCGAAAAGAAACUGUCCGGUCAGUUUCGAUUGGAUAAUUCCAAUAUUUGUCUACACAAUGGUAUUCAAUUACGAUCAGCAACAUUUCAAUUAAUAAAAGUUUUCUUCGAUGAUGAAGUACUCGUUGAGGAUGUUGAAAGAUUUCGCGCCAAACUUGUCGAAAAACGCUAUCCCGAAUCCGUUUUUCAAACAUUUUGUUUUUCGAUCUACAGCGAUUACAAUCCUGUGAUUAGUAAACAGAAAGAUGGAACACUCAAAAAAUAUGGUCGAUAUGCGCGGAAUGUUCUACGUAAGAAAGGUCUUAUACCACCGAAAGAAUUAACAUCACACCAAAAUAUUACACUCAAAUCAAAUGGUUCAAGUAAUACAGGUGGUUUGAAAACAUUGAAUGGUUCAACACGACAUCAACAGAAUCUACUGAUUCGUACACCUGAACCAGCAAGACGAAGUUUAACUUUAGCAAACGCUCGUUCGCCGAAAUCGUUAACUUUACAAAAUAGUAACGAUCGAUCACUUGGCGGAAUAUCAACAUUGACAACACCAUCGACCAUUCAUGAAUGUGAUGAAGGCGUCAUGGGAAAUAAUAGUGAUGAUGAAGAUGAGGAUCGACUAUCGUCUGCAAUCGAUGAUACUAAUAAUUAUGCAACGAUAUCAAAUGAAACGAAGAGUCUCGAACGCUUUACUGAUAGUUUUGUAUAUAAAGAUUUCGUUCGACAAGGUUUAAUUGUUACGACAUUUGGAGCGUCACGUUCGACUAUUCGCACAUCAACUGUCACAUCAUUAACAUCGAACAUAUCAUCGCCUGCUUUGUCGAGUGUCAAUGAGAAUAACACCAAUGGUAACGGACAAUCGAUCGGAAACCCAAGCAACGGUAAUAAUAAUAAUGGCAUGAAUAUGACAAUCGCAGGAGGAACAAAUACAACGCCAACGAUGAGUGCAUUCAUGGGCACAAGCGAUGAUGUUUUCCGAAUUUCACAUAUUAAUCGAAAUUUUGGUUUUUGUCGAAGUUAUCCAUUGGUCUUGGUUUUACCAAAAGACAUUCUUGAUGAAAGUUUGAAAAAAGUUGCUCGAUGUCAUAAACUUCAACGAGUACCUGUCAUUGUUUGGCGUAAUCCACGUACAAAAUCUCUUCUAUUACGUGGCUCUGCUUUCUGUAACAAAGGCUUUAUCAAUCUUCUUGUUAAAGGCCCACAAACUAAUACAAGUUCAUCGAGCGACACAAACGCAAGCAUCGAACAAGAACGUUAUUUUGAUGCUAUUGUCAAAUUAACCCCAACGAAAAUGCCAUUCUCAGCCGAUUUAGGUGAUGGUGAUGAACCAGAAUCCAUCGACAUCACACCCUUAUCAGUUCGUAAGACCACACAUCAUUCAGCGACAAAUCGUUUGCAGAAUCUACUCCCCAGUCGCGUUCUUUACGAUCGUCCACGAACAACGAGCGUGAACAUUCAUUCAAAUAUGGAUACGCUACCUCGAAGUGACACGGCUAGUUAUACAUCAAUGAAUUCACCAACACCAUCAGCAACAGCAGCAAAUGGCGGAACAGGUGGCACAAAUGGUUUAUCAAGUUUUGAUAUUGAUUUCAAUGAAUCUAUUUUACAAGUACAUAAACGAUCGCCGCUUUAUAUCAUCGGUGAUCGAGCCCAGCAUCGUACUGGUCGACUAGAACAAUUUCAAAAUUAUUGUUUUCUUCCAUUAGAAUUUCAUGAUGUUAGUCAAAUAAAGACCAGUUUCAAGAAGAUGACACGAGCAUGCGUGCCUAGUAUGUCCGCUCAAACAUCCAAUGGUCAUGCUAAUCACAAUGGCACAGAUAUUUCAUCGGUUACAUUACCGAAUUCAAUGUCAUUCUAUAAACUGAUCGAAGAGUCACGAUGGCUCUAUCAAUUACAAAAAAUCUUAAUGAUCAGUGUAUAUAUUGUUCAAUUUAUCGAAGAUCAUGCAUCGUCCGUCAUGAUUUGUGUGGAAGAUGGUUGGGACACUGCUUCUCAACUUGUUUCUAUUAGUGAAUUGUUACUUGAUCCAUACUAUCGAACAUUUGAAGGCUUUCAAACCUUGAUUGAACGAGAAUGGUUUGCAUUCGGACAUCGCUUUUCACAUCGAUCAAAUCAAACAGCAGCGAAUAAGACUGGCUUUGCACCUGUAUUUCUUCAGUUUCUCGAUCUUGUUCAUCAAAUCUGGAGUCAGUUUCCAACCGAGUUUGAAUUUAAUGAAUACUAUCUUCGUUUCCUUGCUUAUCAUCAUUUAUCCAAUCGUUUCAAAAAUUUCAUGUUGGAUUGUGACUGCGAACGUAAAAAAGAUCGCAACUGGUAUGUGGACACGACUCGUGAUCCUCUCGCCGAAGAGAUCAGUGGUAAAUUGAAUGAAUAUUCUAUCGAAAACGUCGUUCUCCUUCUUGUAGGUUUAUAUCGAUGUAAUACAAUCAAUAUUUGGGAUUAUGUCAGUAAAAUUAAUCGAGAAUGCUCAAGAUUCUAUAAUUUUCUAUAUUCGCCAAGCACUGAAAGUUGUGUUCUUCGUCCAUCGUACAAAAUGUAUUCAUUGGAUAUAUGGGAUUUUUAUCUAAGUGAAACAUUGGAGACAGGCUGUCCGUAUGAUCUCGAUAUCGCCUUAGCUGAACAUGAUGAACACUUGAAUGAUGCAGAACUUCGACAACGUAGUAAAUGCCUAUCCGCUGUAUAUGAUGAUAUCAGUAUUUGUUUACCAGACUUCUUCAAUGAAAUUGUUUCGGAAAUGUCCAAUACAUUAGCACAUACGAAUGGAGAUUCAUGGAAAACCUACUGGGAUAAAAUCGAAAAGCCUGAACGUGAAAAAGUACAACGUCUAUCCAUGCAAGAUGAAGCUUACAAACGAAUGAAUUCUACACCACAUUAUCUUCACCCACAACGUUCGCUUUCCUCAUCGAUUUCAUCAUCACGUACAUCAUCUAUGUAUGGCUCGCAUACAUAUGAGCUAACACAAUUUUCAUCGCCACAAAUCUGCGAUACUUGUGACGAGAUUAUUGAUUCGAAGAAGUCGACUUUAGACGGAAUACGUGCAUUACAAUGCCGUGAAUGCUCAAACGUUUGUCACGAAAAAUGCCGAUCGAUUGCCUCAUGUCGACCAUGUCGACGAAUCGGUACAAGCGGCCCAUCUGAUUCUCAAAUUGUUGUUAACUCAACUCGUUUUGAAACAGGCAGUGUUACAGGUGUCUACGAUCAUCAUGGUUUAUCACAUUCGUUUACAUCAUCGGGUGUCACGGGAAAUAAUUCUGGUCCACAACAUCGAACGCAUGAGGGUUAUUUACGAAAACGAGGCCAUCUAUUAAAACAAUGGAAAGAACGUUGGUUUGUUCUGGAUUCUGUACGGCAUGAGCUUCGAUAUUAUGAUAGCAGCGAUGAUCAAACCGCCAAAGGUGUUAUUCUUCUAGCUGACGCGGUUGAAAUACUUCCUUAUACAGGUCCAUUUCCUAAUGCAUUGAGACGAUUCGAUAGUCGAGCAGCUUUCGAGUUACAUACGAAUCGUCGCAUCUAUAAUUUUAUUGCUGCUACCCCUCAAGAUGCUCAAACAUGGACCGACAAAAUCAAAUCAUGUCUUCUGGAUUCUUAG